AUGGAGGCUUUUUUUUUUAACUUCUCUCUGGGAAGCGCCCGCGAGACAACAGCGCUUGACGAGACGACGGCUGCCAGACCGACGCUCGGGCCCGGGACAUGGCUUGGCGGGCAAGGCAUGGCUCUGCUCCCAAACCUUCAAUUCAUCCAUCCAUUCAUCCACCAGUCCAUCCCAAGCCCCCGGCGUCAUGGGGCGCCGCCCGCGUUGCGUUCCUGCGAGCGCCAAGCGGGAGUCCCAGUUCCCAGUCUCCAGGGCCGAGCAAGGCAUGGCAGCGGCCUUCAUGCUCCAUUGGCAAAAGCCUCCAACGCUAGCUGUCAGUAG